GGCUUAUGUCUACGACACCAGUCUCUAUUACACAUCAGGGAAUAGAGACGUAUCAGCGCUGGUAGUGUUCAUCCUAUCGGCGAUAAUUCACGAAUAUAUUCUGGCGCUGGCUUUCGGCUUCUUCCUACCCGUGCUCUUCAUAUCGUUCGCUAUAGUGGGAGUCCAAGGGCUCGACGAACAAGAAUUCAACGAAUA